AUGAAUUACCAAAGAGAAAUCGCCAAAUGGGUUGAACGGAAAAGCAAACUUGGGAAGGGAAAGCGCGGCGGUCGGUACGUGCUGCUUCGCUUCAAGCGGGCAGUUAGGGAGUCCCUUUGGGGGGAGCUCCUCUGCAAGGUGGGCUUGGAUGGAGGGGUCGCCAGCCCCGCCCCGCACGCAGUUGGUACUAUCAUGCGUGGAAUGGGUGAUGACUCGCUCGGUUCGCUCAGUUUACCUAGAGACCCCCCAAAGGAGAGCACAUCGAAAGAUCGCUUGCCAAAGGAGUGCCUACCAAAGGAGUGCCCACCGAAAACGCUUCUGCUAAAGCGAACCGUACAGAACUUCCACAACGUGCGGCGCCUGCUCGGGCGCAACGACCCGGUCUAUGCGGACCUGGCGCGGGCCUUCUCGCGAGAAUUACAAGGACGGGAAGGAGACACACUCAACCGCCUCGAUGGCCAACCGAAUGGCCGCUCUGGCCGAUAUGACCAAGCGGAGCACCUCCAACGGGGCAGCGACACGAUAGACGUGGCAGACUUAAUGCACCUCUUCAUCUUUUACACGUCCAUUGAAUGGCACCGAUUCGGCUUUCUAAUACAAAUUCUGAGGUGCAUUACCAGGGUGGGAAGCACGGCCAGCAGCAACCAGGAGACGUGUGCGAAAUUCCUAAAGUCGUGUGUUAACCUGAGGAUAGAAAUAAAGAAAAAAUUGAAGACAAAAAAGGGAGGACCCAUUUUUAGGUUACACCGGGGGACCACCCAUUGGGGUAAGUCUCACCCCUUUACGUUGAUGCCAAACGGAGUCCCUCCCAUCCGUGGGUCGCCCCAUCAGGUGAAACGACUCAUCGGGAGGCCUUCCCCCAAGUGGCGACAUUCACCAAAGAGACUACAAAAUAGGAGCAACUUACAGAAGAGGGGGAGAAAUGCCCUCAGACCGCUUCCCCCAGGUGGGAGGAGGAGCUACCACGUUGAGGAGACCUACGCCAAAUGGGAAAAAAGAACAUUCAAAUUAGAAAUGGUUCUUUGCAAUGGGUUGAUAGAGGAGUGUGCUUACCUCAUUUUAGGGAAAGGGGGACACCUGGACGAUGCAAUUAUGAAAUACGUAAAGGUGUUACGUCGAGGAGGGAUCUACCUAAACAGGGGGGACUCAUCAAACUCGUUUACAUCCCAACUGGCAUAUUAUGUAAAUGCCAAUUGUGAGUGUCUCCCACCAGAUGAGCUCCUAAUCGCGGUGGACUACCUGACGGAGGCGAGGAAAGAAGCGAAAAGGGGGACAGGGGUGGACCCCCAAAUUGGGAGAAUCAAAUUGACGAGAGCGCUAACCCGGAUGAGCCAACACCUCUGCAGUGCUAUACAGAAGGGGUCCAAUGAGUACACCGCCGGGGAAGUGUCCAAAGUGUUAGCCCUAUGCGUGAGGAACAAGCGGUACGAUGGGAACCAUUAUGAUGAGAAUCUCCUGGAGGGGGUCAUCUCCUAUGCGGUGGAACAUUUGGAUCAAAUCAGCUCCAGAAGGCUCACCCGACUGGCCAUUAACAUUCACCAAAAGAUGGGUUACCCGCGGAAUGGGUUGCUACAGGCGAUUGUGAAUCGGUACAGGCCGCCUUUCCGGAGGGGCGCAUCUCGCGGGGGAAGGGGAAGAACUGAUAGGACGCGGCGGAGAGGGGAAAGGGCUGACACAUCGCGGCGGGAAAGGGCCAAUACACCGCCGCUGGAAACGACUGAUGGACCCUCCUGGGAGGGGAACCCCCCCCGAAGAAACUUCCAAAGCGUGCGAAUCAGCCAACUGCUGCGGUUUUUGAAGGUCCUCAUCCAAAACGACCUGCACCUGGAUGAGCAGUGGGCGGACUACUUCCUCUCCCUCAUCAAAAGAAAAUUCGCGCACAUCAGCAGAGGGGACUUCCCCCUGCUCUGCCACGUGUUGCUGCACGUCCAGUCGAGGGAGAUCCUCCCCAGCUUUUUCACCCCAUCAGGGAGGUACCACCUGUACAGAUAUUUUCCCAUUGAGGAGCUAGCCAAGUCACUCCGAUUGACUCCCCUCAUUCAGGUUUUGCUCCUCCUCAGCACGCAGAUACAUCCCCACAAUAGGAGGAUUUUUUUUUUUUUGUUUUUCAACACGUUGCGGAAGUUUUGCCUUCAGAGUGGCCCUCCACACGAAAGUGCACAUGGGGAGAGACCCAAUCGUGGAGGUGACUCCACAUGUAUGUCUUCCCCCCCCCAGAUAGAGAAAGACCAAAGAGGAGAAAACGAAAAACAAGAGCUCAGUUUCUUCAAGCACAAUUUAAAUUUCUACGAAAGGGGGAACAACAAUAAGUAUGGCAAGAAAAAAAAAAAAAAAAAAAAACAACUCCUUCAGAAUAAAAUUGCAAAGGCACCCAUCCCGACAUGCGAGCAGGUGAAAGAGGAGAUAAUCCCCUUCAUCAAAUUGGCUCCACCGGAUUGUGAAAGAGAGGUCAUUUUAGACGCUGCUAACAGGUUGAGCUCAACUCAAGGGGGAGAGACAACUUGUGUGUAUACUGUCACCACGCCAGGUGGGGCUGCCCCGCCUGACCAACAGAACAGCGUAAAGGAGAACUGCCCCACUCGAGUGACUUCCCCAUUGGGGGGAGACCCCCCAGGAGAGACCAAUCACCCACAUUUUGUAAUUACAUGCAACGGAGUGGCCAAUGGGAGGGGCCUCCCGAGGCAGACCCACCUACGAGAGAACAACGCACCUAGUGCUAGCGGAGGAAGAACGGACCCCCCAUAUGGCAACCCCCCCAUGAAGAAACAAACUGACCAUAAAAGCGACUACUUUGAAAGUGUAGCCAACGCUCGAAACGUCCUUUUGGCGAUACAGACUGUGCUUCUGCACCUUGCGGAGGAGCCCCCGAAUGGUUCUCUUGAAGAUGCUUCUAGUAGUCGCCGCUUAUCAUCCCGACUGAGCGAGCUAACCCUCACACAGCUGUUCCUGCUGCACAGGACCUACGCGCUGUGCUGCGCCUACAUCGAUUCUUCCCUCAGCGAGCAGAGGAGCUUGAACAACGAGAGGGUCGUCUCUUCGUCGAGGCUCCACAAGCAGGUCCUCUCCGUCCUGGCGCACGUGACUCCCCAAGAAGAAGUCACAAGCGAGCUCGUCCACCACCCCUUCCAAGUGGACAUUUGCCUCAGGAGGAGGCCCUGCUAA